AUGCAAGGAAGCUCGUCACCAAAAACGCUCGUCAAGUACUUUCCGACUGUUUCUCUAGUCACAGACGUUGAGGACUUCGAAUACGUGCAUGAAUUACUGGUUAACCGGGCGCGGGUUACCUUCGUGUCACUGACGACCUGUCCACUCUACGUAGGAAUGAAGAGAUGGUUGAGUUCCUCAAGCACAAAAACGAUGCCUCCAAAAUCGACUUUCAAGCGUUUCGUCGAAGUCGGGCGUGUCGUCCUCAUAAAAUCCGGCCCUUCGGAAGGACAGACUGCUGUCAUCAUCGAGAUUGUUGAUCACAAUCGCGCUAUCAUCGACGGCCCGCUCACUGGUGUCUCGCGCCAGGCCUUCCGUUACCGACACCUGGCACUUACCCCCUUCGUCGUACCCAAGCUUCCCCGCGGUGCAGGAUCGGGUGUUGUAAGAAAGCGACUCGAGGCGGAGAAGACUUUGGAGAAGUGGUCGGCAUCGCCCUGGGCAAAAAAUCUUGUAGCAAAAUCGCAACGCGGCUCGCUAAACGACUUCCAGCGCUUCCAGAUUAUGGUGUUGAAGAAGCAACGUCGGUACGGGGCGAACGUUAAGCUUGCGAAGGCGAAGGCAAGCGCUUGAGUAGGAUUGUUACUAUGAGCUCUUUACCAUGUUUUCUGCACUCUUUGCAUUGUAUGCGCACCUAUACAAAUGAUUAAGCGUUAUGGUAUUGCAUGUCUUCAGACCGGUCCACUUC